GGAAAAGGAAGGUGGCCGAAUUCUCGCUCCGGUCGGGCAUUAAAGAGGUAGAGGCGCCGUGGUGGCGGCUUGGGACGUAGGUCUGGGGUUUCCCCCUCUCGCGUGAGGCCCGCCGGCCCUCCUUGAAGACUUGGGCCGGGGAGGAGGAGGAAUGGAGGGAUCUAAGUCGCCCGCCUGCACCAUGCAGGUCAGCUUUGUUUGCCAGCGCUGCAGCCAGCCUCUGAAACUAGACACUUCCUUCAAAGUCCUGGACAAAGUCACCAUCCAAGAGCUGACAGCUCCUUUGCUUACUGCUGUUCCAGUAAAACCAGGGGAUGCACAAGAAGAAGAGACAACUUUGACAGAGGAAGCCUUUGUUGAAAACCGCCCGGAUGGUGUGUCCCGAAAAUUCAUCCCCCCUGCCAGGAUGAUGUCGACAGAGAGUGCAAAUAGCUUCACACUGAUUGGAGAAGCAUCAGAUGGAGGCACCAUGGAAAACCUCAGCAGAAGACUCAAGGUUACAGGUGACCUGUUUGACAUCAUGUCUGGGCAAACUGAUGUGGACCAUCCUCUGUGUGAGGAAUGCACUGACACUCUUCUGGACCAGCUGGACACACAGCUUAACAUCACCGAGAAUGAAUGUCAGAACUACAAGCGAUGCUUGGAAAUUCUGGAGCAGAUGAAUGAGGAUGACAAGGAGAAGCUGCAGCUGGAGCUGAAGGAACUUGCUCUUGAGGAGGAGAGGUUGAUUGAAGAGCUGGAGGAAGUGGAGCAGAAACGCAGGACAAUGGCUGAAGCCUUUGAGAAAGUCAGGGCUGAGGCCGAGCGACUGGAUCAAGAGGAAGUGGAGUACCAGAAGGAGUACAGCGAGUUCAAGCGGCAACAACUAGAACUGGAUGAUGAACUGAAAAGUGUUGAUAAUCAAAUGCGCUAUGCCCAAAUGCAGCUGGACAAGCUGAAGAAAACCAAUGUCUUUAAUGCCACCUUCCAUAUCUGGCAUAGCGGGCAGUUUGGCACCAUAAACAACUUCCGUCUAGGCCGCCUCCCCAGUGUCCCUGUGGAAUGGAAUGAGAUCAAUGCAGCCUGGGGACAGACUGUGUUGCUUCUCCAUGCCCUGGCUAGCAAGAUGGGCUUAACCUUCCAGAGGUACCGCCUAAUCCCAUAUGGAAACCACUCUUACUUGGAGUCCCUCACAGACAAAUCCAAGGAGUUGCCCCUUUACUGUUCAGGCGGCUUGCGAUUUUUCUGGGACAACAAAUUUGACCAUGCCAUGGUAGCAUUUCUGGAUUGUGUGCAGCAGUUCAAAGAGGAAGUGGAAAAAGGAGAGACACGCUUCUGUUUGCCUUACAGAAUGGAUGUAGAGAAGGGCAAGAUUGAAGACACGGGUGGAAGCGGUGGAUCCUACUCCAUUAAGACACAGUUUAACUCAGAGGAGCAGUGGACAAAAGCACUCAAGUUCAUGCUGACCAACUUGAAGUGGGGUCUGGCCUGGGUCUCCUCUCAGUUCUACAAUAAAUGACUGAGUAAAGGGGGAGACUCUCUCUCGGAGCAGAUCUGCAGUUUGUUUUAAGGCUGCCGAAAGCAGAAUUUGUCCUGUAACCUCAGUACACCAUGACUAUACAACCAAAAAUCUGUAAAAUAUUUUAAAUGUCACUGAAUGAAACAAAACGGCUGAAUUGUAUCUGCCAUGACAUUGCUGCUCCAUCGUCUAAUUGCAACAGCAUGGUCACCCAAUAGGAAGGAGGAUGCACUCAGCUGGGGCUGGAGAAGGAAGACUUGUACCAAGGAUCAUGAUGGGCCCCCUGCUGCCACUAUCCCUUUCUGAGAAGCCUUGGCACACAGUUGUGCCCUAAUUAGUUCUGGCAGUCUGGUCACUGCACAGAAGUAUGCAAGCAGACACAAAAAUAAAGCCAGGUUGUAGCAUACAGGAUUGCAGCAUGUUUAUUCAGCACAGACAGGAGCCAAAGUUUUAAAAGUUUCCCCAUCACUUGUGUAAGUUCUUCCAUCUCCUCUUAAGGUUUCAACUCCUAAAAGGACCUUCAGAACAAAGCACUCUUAUACCUUGUAAGUACACACCAGCUCUGUUUGUUCCAUGCAGCAGUAAUUCUCCACUGUUUGCUGUAAAUGGAUCCGAGGUCCUGCAUGUAGGCCAGAAGCUGUCUUGAGUGUGUAAAAUGCGCAAAAGUUCCUUGCCUUUAGUAACAUUUCUUCCUUGCCCUAUCUCAGAUGUUUACAGUAGGUAACAAAAUAAAAAUCUAUCAGAUUCUUAUUAACA